AUCUCAGAAAGGAAGGUCUGGGUUGCCAUGGCAUUUCAGUCAGGUAUUGUGAUGUCCUAUCAGUUAAAGGAACAGUAGCUUGGAGCCUCUGGCAGCUUUUCCUGGACCCCAUCCACAAUGUUUCUUCAUUUGUAUCUCGCACCCUACAAAACCUAGGAAGUGAGAGGAAAAGAGAAACCAACCUACUAACUUUCCUGAAUACUGACUCUGAGGCCACUGGAGUAAGAAAACUACAACUCCCACUGGUCCUGAGACUGUGUUCUUUUGCAGCUGUGAAGUGGCUAAAAGCAGUUAACACACUCUUCGGCAUCCUUGGGCCUGUAUUACCUUUUGAGGUCACUCUGAACAAGCUAACCUCACUCACCUUCUUUGGGAGGAAUUCUGGGUAAUUGGAAGGUUUUGGCUUGACAGAUGCAUCUAAAUACACCAGUCAGCUAAAAGGCAAGAGUCUCUACUGGCAUAAAGGUUCUUGUCUCUGAAAUAUAGGUGGUGUGCAUACAACAGCAGUGAGCCACCAGAAGACUAUAAAGUAUCAGAGGGUAAGACUGUUCUCUUGACUACUGGCUUAUCAAAGCAGUUUUACCAUGAGAAAAGGACAGUGGAAAUGAUGAGGAGAAAGACUCAAGGGGUGAAACAAGGGCAGAAGCAAUACAGCACAUGGAAGGAGGAAAACUUUACUGUUCAGUACCGGAGAAAGAGAGGAAAGAGACUGAACGGCAAGCACAGCCCCCAGGCCAGGCCAGAGAGUCUAAGAACAGAAUGUGUAGACUCUUUCCCAGGGAAGGGCUGCCGAGGAUUGUGCAUGAUGGCCCUGCAGCACAGAGAAGACAGCAGGUGAAAAAGAGGGAACAGGUGCAAAUCAAAGACCACCAGGAACGCAUGCUUCGAGGGAGGGAACUCAUACAGCAAAGACUCAAAGAACAACUCCUGAGGAAAGACCAGGGCCAGUUCCCUUCACUUGCGAAGCUUGAUCGAGUGAAAAAAGAGACUAUGGACUUUGAAAGGGCUAAUGCACACCCACUUCUACAGCUACGUACUAAAAGUCUAAUUAAGUUGGAGAGUCUUUUGGAGAAGUCUCAGGCAGGAGAUGAAAGGAAAACAGCUAUAAAGCCUAAUCAAAAGAAAUGCUUGGCCCUGCCACCAUUUUUGAGAAGUCAUGUACGAAAAAUCAAAGAUCAGAAAAACUGUAGUGCCUUUUGUGGAAAAAAAUACUAGGAAUUAAAUAAAAACUUUUUAGAAGCA